CAGAGCCUUUUGCUAAAUAGUUUAGUUUUAUGUUCUGGCAGAUCACCAACAUGUAUGAUUUAUUUUGCUUGGCCACAACAGCAUGUGAUUACAAGGAAGAAUAUUUCCGGCACAUUUGAAUGAGACUCUCUUGAGGAAUGUUACCCGCGGGCGACCCCUAUCUCCAGUAAAAGCGCAUUUAUUAGGCAUCCCUUCACACACCCCCUUCAGAAACACCAGCGUACGAACACCAUCGGAUCUCAUUCAUUCUGCUUCAUAGAUAUAUUUUGGGAGUUUGACAUGCUGAGUACCGUACUGAAACAAGUUAAAAGUCACCCGGCUUUGAUUCCUCUCUUCAUCUUCAUCGGUGGUGGAGCGACCAUGUCAAUGCUUUACCUGGGCCGUAUCGCACUAAAGAACCCCGACUGCUCAUGGGAUCACAAGAACAACCCAGAGCCAUGGAAUAAACUGGGCCCAAAUGACCAAUACAAGCUUUUUACAGUCAACAUGGACUACUCUAAACUGAAGAAGGACAGGCCUGAUUUCUGAGAAGAGCCCAGUGAAUCAGCUGGGUGUGUUAAAAAGUGCACGUCCUACCCUGGAGGUCUAUUCAACACGUCAUCAAAUAGCUUUUCAAAUCUUAUCUGUGAAUGUGAAUCCCCAUUGUAAAUAAAGAAACCGAAAGUGUUA